AUGGGCCGCAACAAUUCCAGGAGGCUCUCGGGCAGCCAAGACUUCCGGCAGCGACUGGUGCUGGCGACGCUGACCUCCACCCCGAUCACCAUCAAGGACAUCCGCGCCGGCGAGGGGGGCCUCCGCCCGCACGAGAUGACCCUCCUCCGCCUCCUCAACAAUGUCUCCGACGAGCACGUCAUCGACGUCAACGACACAGGGACGAAGGUCGGGUACAAUCCCGGGGUGGUCGUCGGCGGGAAGGACCUGGAGCACGACUGCGGGGAGCACCGCGGGAUCGGCUACUUCAUCGAGCCACUCCUUCUGCUCGGCCUCUUCGCCAGGUCGCCCUUGUCCGUAGAAUUUUUAGGAAUCACAAAUGAUACAAAGGACCCUUCUGUGGAUACUUUCCGGAUGGUUACGUUGCAUAUGCUCAAGCAUUUUGGCGUUCCUCUUGAGGGAAUGGAGCUCAAAAUUGAAAGCCGGGGAGCUCCUCCUCAUGGUGGUGGUGAAGUGCUUCUUCGAGUUCCCAAUAUAAACAGUACAUUAAAUGCAGUUAAUUGGGUUGAUGAAGGCAUGGUAAAGAGGAUAAGAGGUGUAGAAUUCUCCACCAUAGUAUCUCCACGGAUUGUAAGCCGUAUCCACUAUGCUGCACGUGGACUCUUCAAUAAGUUCAUUCUAGAUGUUCAUAUCUUCACCGAUCAUAGAGUUGUUUCAUCUGGUGGAUGUGGAUUGUCAGCAGGCUAUGGCGUAUCUGUAGUUGCUGAGACCACAACAGGCUGUCUGAUUUCUGCAGAUGCUACUGUGAGUUAUCCCAAUGUUGAUGAAAUGAGUGAACAAUUUGAGAAGCCUGAGCUAAUGUCUCCAGAGGAUCUUGGUGAGCAAGUUGCAUCGAUGCUGCUAGAAGAGGUGGUCUGGUUGAUGAUACUAAAGAAAAGGGGGGUUUCAGUUGAAACAAUGAAGUGUAUAUCUGAGAGGUACACUCUGUCUAAUGCUGAAUACAGGCUCUCCCUUGAAAGAAUCCUAGAAUUUGUCUGA